UAAAACAAUAAAAUAAAACAAUCUUCCAUUUUUUCACUCUGCUGUCAUCAUCAGUCUGAUGGAUUUGUCCGAUUUUCCCUUCCCACUCUCAACAGCUGAUGACCUCUAUGACCCCUGCUUCAGCACCAGCGAUUUGAACUUUUUUGAUGACUUGGAUGCUCGGCUCACACACGGGGGCCUGCUGAAGUCAGAGGACCAUCUCAGCCAUCAUGUCCCAACAUCUGAGGAGGAGGACCAGCAUGUGAGGGCUCCUGGGGGCCUCCACCAGGCGGGCCACUGCCUGCUGUGGGCCUGCAAGGCCUGCAAGAGAAAGACGACGCACGCCGACCGGAGAAAAGCUGCGACGAUGCGAGAGAGGCGGCGACUCAGCAAAGUCAACGAUGCUUUUGAGACUUUAAAACGCUGCACGGCCUCCAACCCAAACCAGCGGCUCCCCAAAGUGGAGAUACUGCGAAACGCCAUCAGCUACAUCGAGUCCCUGCAGGCGCUGCUGCGGGCCGGACAGAACGACGGCUUCUACCCACCUCUGGAACACUACGGCGGGGAGUCCGACUCCUCCAGCACCCACUCCAACUGUUCUGAAGGCACGAGUUUUGUCUCUCCGUGUUCAUCCAGUAGUGAAAACAGCGACUCUUCCUACGUGAAACAAGCCACAGACGAUUGCAGCAGCAGUACAACAUCGCUUAUUUCCAGUUUGGACUGUUUGUCCAGCAUCGUACAGCGCAUCAGCACAGACCCGACCGUGGGCCCCACAGGGGACAGUGUGGUUCCUCGGGGCCCCGAAUCGCCCCAUAAUAUCUCUGCUGUCUCCACCUCACCGGCUGACUCCAGCAGCAGCUACGAGGCCAUCUCAUCCUGAAGGAGCGAAACACUCUUUUCCAUAGAGACAUUGUUGUGGAGCUGAACACUAAAAUAUUCCCGAUUGCUGACGUCCGUCCGUCCAACUGGAUCUUCCACUCUAGAUGUCUUUUGUUUUGAUUGGAGCCAGCUGGCCUGAAGUUUGAGUCUCCACUGUCAGCUCUUGGCUGAGACACUGAGCGCUGCUGUCUGUUUUCGAUGUGCCAGCAGAACGAUAAAGAAGAGGACCUUUCUGUAUUGAUUCCUGCUGAUCUUAACUGAGGACCAUUUGUUACACGUGUAACUAAAUCUAAACAUCCAUGU